UAAAGUCAAUUGAUUUAGUCUUAAAACAAAAACAUUUUUAACUGCAAUAAUACCACGAGCUGAGAUUUUGCUAAUUCUGUAUGUAUGUAAUAAAAGCAUGUAUUAGCAUUAUGUCUAAAAAAAUUAUAUUAUGAUGAGCUCUGUUGAAUAGUUUUGUCUUAAAAGGAUCUGACAUACAGGCAAUUUAAAUGUGCUUGUGUGCAUUUUUGAAAAAAACUGGGCAAAGUUUAUAAGUUGCACCUGACUGCAGUGAAACUUUAUGUUUGGUUACUUAUUAGCCUAAGAUGGGCGUUUUACAAGUCACCUUGUUCACAUGUAAAAUAUGCAUACACGGUGAAUUCACACAUUUGAAAUUGCACUUGCAAAGAGGAUACAUUUGUUGGAUAUAACUUGGAUAAAAUUUCAAAUAAAAAACAAAUCACAGGACCACACUGACCUUUGACUUGAAGGAUAUCCUGUCUCUAGAAGAAUGUAUGUGCAAGCAUUUUGAGCUUUUGUGUAAACCAGAGAGAGCGAGAGAGAGAGAAAGCAAACCAAGAUUAAACAAAGGUUGGAAACCUGCUGAAUGCCAGAGAGAUGGAAGAAUAUAAUGCUGAAGCAGAAUUAAGUGUUACUGCAAGCAGUAUCAGAAUCACUGAUGUCACACAGGAUGGAGAGACUCUGACUUUUGCCAUUGCAUCCCAGAAAUCAAAUAGUAGUGUUGGUGUAUGUGUGUUUCGAACAUACGAGGACUUUGAUUGGCUUCAGCAGAAUCUUUUCUCACAAGAAAAUAUACCUGGACUUCAAGGAAUCAUAUUUCCGCCUUUGCCAUCUAAAGCACUACCAUCACAGUCCAACACACAAGCUAAAUCAGUCAAACAACUAGGUUUUCUGGCUCUUGGACAGGGUUGGCAGAGUUAUUGUAAGGCGUUGGAGAUUUAUCUCCAGCAGGUGGCGACACACCCAAUUCUCAGCAAAUGCAAACCGCUGGACAUCUUUCUUAUUAACUCAGAGUCUCCAGGAAAACAACGAGGCAGGAAAGGAAUAUUAAAUCGCCUCAGUCAGGCUGUGGAAGAAAUGAGGAAGGAAAGUCACAAGGACGUGGAUACCUUCUUUCAGAAUGAGAGAUACAAAAACACAAAUCUUGCAGCUUCAUCAAAGGUUGCCACGGAGAAACUACUUGAUAUUGUGAUGACUGAACAAAAGCUUGCUAUGGCUUGUGGGCAUUUUUCCACAUCUCUCCAUCUCUGUGUAAAUCAGGAUGAUGAGGCUUCUGUCGCUUUCUCUAAGAUAUGCUUAAAGCUGUCAGAUAUCAUGGAGGCAGUAAAGAAAAACUUUGAGACGGUUGCUAGUAACAAUCUUUCCACUCUUGGUUUGGGACUGGACUUGGAGUCUCGCUAUGAAGAUGCAGAGAAAGAAAUGCUUUUCAGAAGAACUUGUAAACUGAUAGAAUUGGAAGCUGCUAAAAGGAAUACAGAGAAAGCCAAGGCCAAUAAGAGAGAAGUGAUGGAGGAGAUUCAGAAAUCUACUGAGAAAGAAUUCACCCUAAUCUCAUCUGUGGCUAAACAAGAGAUCAAGCGUUUCCAUAGCUCAAGAGCAAACGAGAUAAGGAAUUUCCUUGUUGACUGGUGUGAAAAACAGCUCGCCACAGCAAAGGAGUUUGCCGGACUCUACUCCCAGUAUUUGGAAACUUGCAGAAACCUGUACUCACAAUAAAGAGCGAAACCAUAAUGACAAGUUAAAGUUAUAGAUUGUUCCAUAAAUUCUGUUUAUUAUUUGUUGUCUUUUACAUCAUUACUUCUCCCAAAUAUCUACUUGAACUAUGCACUCUCUUAUCAAACAACUAGUGUAUGAAUUUUGGAAGGGUACAGUAGUAUCGUCCCAAUGAUGUCAAACACAAAACACAACGCAAGUCAAUGAAAAUUAAUUUUUCAUUAUACUCUAGUGGUCAAGGUUUCACUUUUGCCCAACGUCCGUCAAGGUCACAUUUAGGCGCAAUUGUCUUCGCAGGUAAACUGUGCUCGCACAUAAUCUGAUAGCCCCGCCUCUUUUCAGCUACAUGAAUGAAACUGCAAGUCUUAAAGGGAUACUUCACCCAAAAAUGAAAAUUCUGUCAUCCUUUACUCGCUUUCAUGUUGUUACAAACCUGUAUAAACACAAAGAAAGAUAUUUUGAAGAAUGUUUGUACCCAAACCAGAGGCCCCAUUGACUUGCAUAGUAGGAUAAAGAAUACUAUGGAAGUCAAUGGGGCCUCUGAUUGGUUUGGGUACAAACAUUCCUCAAAAUAUCUUCUUUUGUGUUUGACAGAAUUUUUAUUUUUGGGUGAACUAUCCCUUUAAGGUUAUCAAAACUAUUAAAAAAACCCUGAACAAUACACAUGGUUCAUACUAAAUCAAUAUUAUUCCAUAAUUUCUACAAUCAGAAAACCUGUAUCAAAUAAUUGUGAGACUGCAAUGAGCAAAAGGAUGAACUUGUGAUUUAUAAAGUUAUUCUACCAAGAGUAGAACUAUCAGAAGGUGUGACCCAAAUUGCAUACUUAUGCACUAUUCAACAUUAGCUUUUUAGUAUAUUGUUUGUAGUGAGUUCAUACUGAAAAUUCCAAUCAAGUAAGUGCAAUUUAAGUAAUGGAUGAUGCACUUGAUGGAAAGCUGGACACUUCAUGCACUUAAACACUGAAUCUAACUUGAAUGCUAAAGUAAUCUACACAUUCAAUUCAUGAUCACCCAUGCACUACAUUCAGAUGUAAACUUUAUUCUAUGUAAGCUUGCAAUAAAGCACAAAUAAUUAAAGUGAAAUGAUGUUUGCAUAUUUAAUGUUCCUCUACUUUUUAUUGUGGUAAUCAACAAAUAAUUAUCACACAAUUUUGCAGUCUGAUGUUUUAUUUUACACCAUUUUUUCCCCCUGUUAGAUCAGGUCUCCACACCACAGACAAAAUAAAAAACGAUCCAGCCCCGGACACCAGAUCACGUCAUAAAAUAUAAGUUUACUUUGUUAAAGCAUCUGUCAGAUAUAAGGCUGAUCAAUCGUUGCUAGAGGAGAGCAUAAACAGAGUCGUAAACAGAGUCGUGAGACGGAGGUUUUAGAUGAUAAAAUAGAACAGAGUUUUAUUGAUGGACAAUAGUUUCAGUUGCAUAUGCCUCAAUGUUCAAACCUUGUCUACCCAGGAAUACAGCAUGCACUUGUUAUAUCCAAAUUUGCUCAGUUGCAUCAUCCCUUAGACCUUGGGCUUCCAUAAACAUUCUCUUUAUCUAUCUUGUUUACACACAGACAGAACAGCUCUAUGAAACUUCCCAAAUGUAAAACUGAACCACCAAGAGACAUAUAAAAUAUAGAAAUACAAUGAAUUAAUGAAUGUUAU